AUGAGUGAAUUGAGAGACCAAGUAGGAGACGAAGGUGACGAGCAUGCUCACUCAGUAUGUACUAGUGGUUCACUGCAACAACAACAACAACAAGAAUCAUCACCCUCUUUUGCUUCAUCAUCACUCAAUAAAAUUUCAUCUCAACCAACUGAAGAUUUCUCUUCUCCAUUCUCCGAUCAUCCCAUGAAUUCAACACAAGUCAUUUUGGAUCAUGGUCAAACCGAUGAUUUAUUAUUCUUCUCGGAAUCAUCUUCUUGCUCACUCUCACCAACCACAUUUAAUCCAAUUUCAUCAUCAUCAUCAACAACCAACACCAAUACCUCCUCCUCCUCCUCCUCCUCAUCGAUGACAUCAUCCUCCAAUCUUUUCAAUACUAAUAAUACUCCAUCAAAAUUAAAUCUUGUCUCUUCCUCCAUUCAAUCACCUCUAGAGGUUCAUAACCAAAAUACUUCAAAAAGUAAAACUCAUUCAAAAACAAAAACUCCAAGAAAACCCUAUGUGAAACGAGCUUGUGUGAAUUGUAAACAAAGUCAUGCAGCUUGUGAUGAUUCACGUCCAUGUAAACGAUGUGUAUCGUUGAAAAUUGAAGAUCAAUGUGUGGAUGCUGUUCGAAAAAAGCCAUCAAAUUCUCAAAAAAGAAAAGACAUGAAUGAGCUUGGUGACGAAGAAGAAAUGAAUUCUGAAUCAACAAGAACAACAAAAAACAAAUCAGAAAAGAAGAGAAAGAAAAAUAUUGACCAUAAGAAUCGUGGUGUCAAUUUGACAGCUACUACUACUACUACUAGUAAUGAUGAAUCGAAUCAUCAUGAUGAAUCAAAUCAUUUCAAUUCUUCUUCAACUGCUGAAGAUUCUUCCAUCCCUGACAACAACAACUUGAAUCCAUCACAACUAGGUCACACAUUAUUUAAUGGUCACACUUCUCAUCUAUCUCCAUAUUUUGUCAUGAUUCCAAUGAUCACUCAUAAUAGUCCUCCGACCAAUAAUGGAUCAUCUUCCAUCAUGAAUGCAUCAAUGAAAUCUCUUUCGAUCGUGAGACCAUCUAUGAAUGGUUCAUCUCAACAAAACUCUUCUCAAUUUUCACCAUUUCCUUUAAUUUCUUCUACUGCAACAAUGGCUCCAUUUCCAUCCAACACUCCAUCAUCAUUUCAAACACCACUCUCUCUUUCCACACCUACUCACUCGAAUGUUCACACAGCAAAAACAAAUCAUUCUUUAACAAGUCAAAAUCGUAAUAGUAGUAAUAUUAAUAGUAGUAAUAGUAGUAGUGAAAAGAGUAGUACUAGUGACACAACAAUUAAUGAACACAGAACCAUCACAGCCACCACUUCCAUCACUCGAGACAAUUCUUUUCCACUAAGCAAGACUGGUCACAACACUGCAACAGUUACUCCCUAUUCACCAUUUGACUUUCUUUCAGAGAAUUCUGAAUUAGCUACUUCACCUGCUCUCUCAACUCCUUCUUUUUUUAGUAAUCCCUUUAAUAGUAUCAACAACAGCACGUCACACCAUCAUCCACCACCAAAUAGCAACAUUACACCAUCAUCCAAUCCACACACAAUCAGUAAUACGGGCGUUGGUAGUAACAAUGGCUCUGACAGCAAAAAAUCAGCAACAACAACUUCCAUCUCUGUCACACUUAAUAACAGUGAUGAUGAAGGAGUGGUAGAUAUUAUCACUCAAGAAGCAUCCUUGUUAAAAUCCCAAAUUGCAAAGCAUGUUGUUCAUCUCCAGGAUGAAAUAUCAAAUGGUCAUUCAAAUCAUGGAGAGGAUCAUGAGAAUAGUAGAGAUAGUGUUGAAAUUCAUCAAUCAAAUGUUAAUAAUAAUUCUACUUUAGAUGAUCUUGCAUUACCUUUUUUAAAUGAAAAUCAAGAAUUAGUGAAUUCAGAAAAUGAUAUUCGAAAUUUAGCAUCUUCUGCAAGUAAAUCUAGGCUGGAAGAUUUGGUGUUAUUGAUGUGGAAAAAACAAAAUGCUCAAACGCAAGAAAUUCAAGAUUUGAAACAAUUAGUCAUGGAAUUGACAUCAAUUGUAAAACAAAGUAAGCUUAAUAGAGAUUCAAAUAAUUUAUAA